AUGGUAGAUUCAUCAAAGCCCACACUCGGUUACUGGAAAAUCAGAGGACUUGCAAGUCAAGUCAGACAUGUCUUCAACUACUGCAAGGUCGAUUUCAAUGAUGUAUAAUACGAGCAAGGUGAUGCCCCAGAAUACAGCAGAGAUUGCUGGAUGAGUGUUAAAGAGUCAAUUGGCUUGGAAUUCCCAAAUCUUCCAUACCUAGUAGAUGGAGAUGUCAAGAUCACCGAAUCUUAAGCAAUUCUAAGGUACGUUGUCAACAAAUAUGGUCCCCACCUCAAUGGUAAGACCCCAGAAGAGCAGGCAUAAGUUGAUCAACUUUACUUGAUUCUUGUUGACAUUAAGGCAUUUGCUAGCGGAAACUGCUACUCAACUGGUGACAAGGAAUUAAUCACCAAGAACUCCAUUGAUAAGCUUGCCGCUGUUGACAGACAUCUCAAGGGAAAGAAGUACUGCGUUGGUGAUUACAUUACCUUUGUGGAUUUCCAGAUUAUUGAGACAAUGGAUUUACUCAACUUCUGCUCCGACAAUAGAGUUUUCGAGACCUACCCAGACUUGAAGGCCCUUUACGAGAGAAUCUGCGAUGUCCCAGAAAUCAAGGAGUAUAUGAGUUCUGACAGAUUCGUCUCAAGGCCUCAUAACAACAAAGUUGCCAAACUUAACAACUGA